AUUAAAUAUUUAAACACAUCAAAGCUUGGUAUUGUACCAAACUAAAAUGGGGGGACAAAAGAUUUUUUGGUCCUCACUCUGUGUAAUGAUGCUAACAUCAAAUUUUAUAAUAGCGUGUGAUGAAAAAGGAUUAUGUUUGUUGGAAGCCCUAAAGGAAAUGAAAGAAUGUAAAAAAUCAGUACUGGCUUCAUUACUAAAACCUUUACUGGCGGCUAAGCAUGAAAAAAAGGAUAAAUGUAGUAAAUGCGGUCUCGCGGAGAAGGCUCCACCACCUGCUACAAUUGUAUUGAUGCCAGCUACACCUCCACCUCCACCUUGCCUGCCGCCGAUAAUGUUACCAGCACCAGUCGCUCCACCAUGUCUACCCCCGGCUCCUUUAAUCCUACCUCCACCAAUGCCAACAGCGUCAUUUUGUCUCGCUCCCCCUCCACCAGCACCAUUCUGUCUUCCCGCUCCACCACAAGCACAAUUUUGCCUUCCUGCUCCACCACCACCACAAUUUUGUUUCCCACCACCAGCACCUAUCAUGCUGCCGGCGCCGGCACCCGCGCCUCUAAUGAUCCCCGCGCCGCCACCAUCUCCUAUAUUUCUGCAAGCACCUUCCCCAGCACCUUUUUGCCCUCCUCCACCAGCUCAGGCGCCCAUCGUGAUAUCCCUCGUUCCCCCAGCACCGCCGCCCCCGUGCCGUUUACCGCCACCAGGACUGCCUAUGAACGCAUUUAUGGUACCGUCGCCAAUUCCUAUCACUCUAGAACCUAAGCCUCUCGAACUGCAUUCCCACUGUGGAUGCCAUUUUUAAUCAUAAUUAUUCUUAAAAAAAAUAUUUAUAUGAUUAUAUUAAUUAUUUAAACCUCUCAAUAUAGUGUAUACAUUGAGUAAAUUAUAUUCUUUGUUAAAGUUUUUUAUGAAAUAAAACAUUACGUUUAAUA